UAAAUCCAUUGCUCCAUUGCUCUAUUAUUCCAUAUUUCCGGCAGUUUCUGAAUAUUAAUCGUUCAUGCGAUACCACUUCAAUUAGAGGUCAUUUCUUUGUCUGUAGGAUAUUAAUUGUUUGUUCUAACCUUGAUCACCUUCGUCUACCUGUAAUCGCAGUUUUACACGCGGUUGUUAACUUAACUACUUGUGCAAUGGCAGAGGUGCGUUUAAAGUGGUUCCACACAUUCUUAUUCCUCUUCCAAGCUAUUUUGACAAUAGCCGAUACCUCUACAGACAUCAUGACCUGUCUGACUUACAGAGCAAACGACGAUCAACAAUGGUUUGCAGUGAGUCUCGGCGUCACGCUCUUAACGCUUAUAGUGCUGUGCAUUUGGUCGGUAAUUGCGAGCACAAGUCGUACUUGGACAAAAGAUGAUGCUGAUGACGAAACUGGUAACCCCGAUGUAAUAUUCCGUUCGACUACGAUUAAUGUUGCUCUAGCUUGUUUGUGCGUUGGGCCUCCUCUGCAUAGCGUUCAGUUAUUUAUCUUUUGCGCUUGUCGCUUCAAAGAGCUUUGGAACUCACCCGAUGGUUUGCGGAUAGAAAAGGGUCGUCUCUACUAUCUUUACGUUCACACGCUGAACUUGAAAAUGGUGGAAGGCCUUUUGGAAUCCGCCCCGCAACUGAUGAUACAAGUCUACGUGAUGGUGAUGCAAAGAGAGGAAGCCAAAAUUGAACUGAUUCAAAUGAUUUCGGCACCGGUUUCCUUUUUGGCUCUCGUAUGGAUGUCUACUUCGAUGGAAGUUCUCCGAGAAUUUGAAAAAUACAACUUGACAUUUCUUCACAAUGUUAUCAUCUUCCUUGGCAACGCCGGAAUGAUUGCUGCUCGCACGCUGGCGAUUGUCUUUUUUACUCUAUAUUUCCCAUGGCGGUUACCUUACGUAAUCGGACUUCAUUGUCUCGUAAUGGUGGCCACUGGAUUCUUGCUAUGGCGAUCAAAUCGGAAACAAGAUAUGUUUGUGUUUAUUUUCGCUUAUUCCCCAUUUUAUCUUUUCGUUUACAGCUCGUACUAUUUAAAAAAGCUGCGAGGUACUGCACCGUUUGGUGCUGCACUUCAAACGUUAUCAACAAUUUUCUGGCACGCUCUUUUCACAGCUGAAAACAUUGUUAUGAUUAGCGUGUGUUUCUUCUUGCACGAUGAAAAUAAGUGGAUAAAUACUUCCGCUUUCGCCGCUGUUCUCAUUGGUAACAUUGGAGGGAUUCUCAUUAAGUGGCUCUCUUGGUGUUGUUGCUUUUCCGGACAACCACAGGGCGAUGAAUCUAUCCGUCGACCCACGACAAUCAUUUUAAGACCGACUAACUAAUGUUGUUGAACAAAUCAAGAAGGGAAUCAAAGCUCUCUUCCAUGAGAGGCGUCCGACGCCAUUUUGAUGUUAUGUGCGAUGUUGGAAUUUAUCAGAAUGAAACCAGAAUGAGAUUACAGCAACGGAAGCGUUCGGCGAAAGAUCUGGUCUCAAGGACAGAGAAGAAAAGCGAGAGCCUGGGAACUAGAUUGAACGAUUUACUGGUCGUGGUGGAUACAUGAGUAUUUGAACUUCAGAUUAAUGAAUGAAGAUGAGGGUGAUUAUUGCAGUUAUGGACAUUUUUUAUAAGUAGUACUUAGCACUAAUUCACUUAGCAUGAGUUUAUCACGAGUUCAUAAAAUGACCGGCUCCCGGUUAAACAAGUCGUGUCCUGCUCUCUCACUCAGUCAAUUAGUAGAUGAACGUUCAUACGAUUUGUACAUGAACGUUCAUUCUUUUUGUACAUGAACGUUCAUUUUAGUAAAGUGUACACGCUUCGAGAAUCACUUA